AUGGAUGAGCAUAGUACGACUGCUUUGUUGAUUGUCAAAAGAAACAUAAUCGCGGAACCUCUCAAAUGCAAGGUCAUAGUGAUCAUUUUUGGAAUUGUGCCAGAGCAACCAUUCUUUUUGAACCUCUCAAAUGCAAGCAUGGACACCCAGGUGAAGCUUGCUGUUGUGGUGAAGGUGAUGGGCAGGACCGGCUCCAGGGGUCAGGUGACCCAGGUCAGAGUGAAGUUCUUGGAUGACCAGAACCGUCUCAUCAUGAGGAAUGUCAAGGGCCCGGUUCGUGAGGGUGACAUCCUCACCCUUCUUGAGUCUGAGAGGGAGGCCAGGAGGCUGCGCUGA